AUGAGUGACCUAGGCUUUGACGCUACUUUAAAGAAGAAAAAGAAGACCAAGAAGGUCGAAGACGGCGCUGAGGCGGUCGUGGAAGACACAUCCGACGAGUUAUUCACCGGCCUCAAGAAGAAGAAAAAGAAGAAGGACGAGGAGGGCGCCGAGGCGACAGAAGAUCUCGCUGAAUCGUUCGGGGACUUGAAGUUGAAGAAGAAGAAGAAGAAGUCCAGCACCCCCGUUGUCAUGGACGACUUUGACAAGGAGUUGGAAAAAGCUGGUGUAUUAGAGGACGACAUCGAGCCAGAAGCCGCCGCGCCAGAGCAGGCUACCGCCACCUACGUUGGUUUGCCAUACGACGAUCUUUUGUCGCGUUUCUUCACAAUCUUGAAGGCCAACAAUCCCGAGCUUGCCGGCGAGAGAUCCGGGCCAAAGUUCCGCAUUCCACCACCAGUGUGUCAGAGAGAAGGUAACAAGAAGACCUUGUUUGCCAAUGUCCAGGAGAUCUGUGCUGUAUUGCAGAGAUCGCCGGAGCACGUCAUCCAAUACUUAUUUGCAGAAUUGGGGACGUCCGGUUCCAUUGAUGGCCAAAAGAGAUUGGUCAUUAAGGGGAGAUUCCAGCCGAAACAGAUUGAAAACGUGUUGAGAAGAUACAUCAUGGAAUACGUCACGUGUAAGACGUGCAAGUCCAUGAACACCGAGAUGAAGAGAGAAAGUGCUAAUAGAUUACACUUUUUGAUGUGUAAGGCCUGUGGCUCCACCAGAUCCGUCACCUCCAUCAAGACCGGUUUCUCCGCCCAAGUCGGGAGAAGAAAAAAGACCGCUUAAGCAGUACAUACGAGGAAGGUUCUCAUUUUUUAUAUAUUUAUCUUUUUGCAAAGUGUAGAACAAAUAUAAGGUGAUUUAACGGCC